AUGUUCUUAACAAGAAGCGAGUACGACCGUGGUGUGUCCACGUUUUCCCCAGAGGGCCGUCUCUUUCAGGUGGAAUACUCUCUCGAAGCCAUCAAACUGGGUUCCACGGCGAUCGGAAUCUCGACAAAUGAGGGCGUGAUAUUGAGUGUCGAAAAGCGGGUCUCAUCGUCGCUUCUAGAAAGCGACAGCAUCGAGAAGAUCAUGGAGAUCGACUCUCACGUGGGCUGUGCGAUGUCGGGGUUGACAGCAGACGCAAGAUCGAUGAUCGACCACGCCAGAGUGGCGUCCGUCCAGCACGAUCUCUACUACAACGAGCCAAUUUCCGUGGAGUCGCUAACCCAGUCGGUCUGCGACUUGGCGUUGCGGUUCGGCGAGGGCGCCUCGGGCGAGAAGAGAUUGAUGUCCAGGCCUUUUGGUGUCGCAUUGUUGAUUGCCGGCUACGACGACGAUAAGGGACCCCAGUUGUACCACGCAGAGCCUUCGGGCACCUUCUACAGAUACGACGCCAAAGCCAUUGGAUCCGGGUCGGAAGGCGCACAGACGGAAUUGCAGAACGAAUAUCACAAAUCGCUAACCCUCAAGGAGGCAGAGGUCCUUUCUCUAAAGGUGCUCAAACAGGUGAUGGAGGAGAAGUUGGACUCGAACAACACACAGCUAGCCAGUGUCACCAAGGAGGGCGGAUAUAGAAUCUACUCCGACGAAGAGGUCGCCAAGAUCAUAGAACUGGUCAAAGAACAAGAGCGUGACGACCAGAAGAUGGAAGAAGACUAG